AUGAGAAAGUCCACCAGACUCUCUUCCAUCGGCCUCACGCAGGCUCAAGUGAGGAAUUUCAGUACUCGAUUUUCUCUGACGUCGUACGCGAAGCGCGUGCAGCUUCUCACACCGGAACAAAGAUCCGCGAUAGCGCGAACGGGUUUCGGGAACCUGUUAUCGGUUCCGAACCACUCGCUAAACAAGGUUUUCCUGACGGAGCUGAUGGACACGUGGAGCUGCGAGAGGCGCGCGUUUGUUCUACUCUCCGGUGGCGAAAUCCAGAUGACGUUGCUGGACGUUGCUCUGAUCCUGGGCCUGCCGGUUGCCGGUAGCCCGGUGACGCUGAAGGAGGAGGAACCGUUCUCCGAUUUGGAAGAGUUGUAUGGGGCAACGAAGGGGAAGAGGAAGGUGGCAAUGAGUUUUCUAGAGAACAGGCUUGAUUCAGUUGGGGAUGUUGUGAGCGAUGAUUUUGUGAGGAGCUUUUUGCUUUACACGAUUGGGACGUUUCUAGCUUCAAAUGAUGGGAAGGUCGAUUCGCGAUACUUGUCUUUUCUACGGAACUUGAGUGAGGUUUCUGGAUUCGCUUGGGGUGCUGCUGUUGUUCAUGAUUUGUGUUUGUGGUUGGAUAAGAGGAAGGAACAUAAUGUGCAGUAUGUGGGUGGUUGUCUUAUCUUUCUCCAAACAUGGUCUUAUGAGCAUUUUGAUGUCGCACGGCCACAUUUGCAAGAUCAUGAUUUAACCUUUCCUCGCGUUUGUCGUUGGGGUAAUAGUAAAUCUAACCAAAGACAACGGGGUACUUCAGGGUUUAAAGACCUGCAUGAUGACCAGGUGAUUUGGAAACUUCAACCUACUUCUGGAGAGUUACAAAUAGAGAUAAUCAAAGAAGCACUGGGGUUGCUAGUUGGAAAUAAAGUUCUUGUAAGUGCAGAAAAAUGUUCGACAAUCACACCAUUUAAGGUUCCUGAUGUAGAUUCAGGUUUACAGCUUAGUAUCUCCAAUGAAGUACAUAGAGAGGACGAUAAUGAUUUUGAGAAUCAGGUAGUGGAGGACACUCCCAAAAGGUUGAGCACUUGUGAUGAAGAGAAUAAAGAGCAGGAGAUCAAUCUCAAAAACUGGAUAGUAUUGGAAACUCCCCCAAAUUUGACCAUUUGUGGUGAUGUACAUAGAGAGCAAGAGAUGGAUCUUGAAAACCUGGCAGAGAGCAAGAGUUCAAUCGUGAAAAAUUCAUAG